CUUCUCUAUUGCUCUUUACUCAGCACAUCGGAAGCUGUUCGGGACGAAAAAAGAAAAAAAAAUGACCACCGCAAAGCGUCUCUGUAUAGGAGUGGCUUGUGCCAACCCCAUAUCCACUCUCCAGUGUCCGACAUGUCUCAAGCUUGGCAAAGAAUCUUUCUUCUGCUCGCAAGAUUGUUUCAAGACCAGCUGGGUAACUUUUUCCUACUCUCCUUUCGGGCUCGCUUUGGGGCUCUCCCCGUAUGCCCACUAUUCGUACUCACCUCUUAAUCGAAGGGACGGACGUAGGGGAUUCAGAAAAUGGCUGAGCACAGGAUACCGGCUAACAUCUCUAAAGUCCGAACACAAAAUUGUUCACAAGCAGUCGGCCCGUAAGAAUCCUACCCUCCUCCAAUCUUUAAAAGAUCUAACCAAGCCAACACCUCUCCCGACCGACUCAGAAACCGGAAUCUUCGACCCCUUUCCCAACUUUCCUUACACUGGCAGCAUACGUCCUGCCUAUCCCCUCUCCCUGACGAGAAAGCUUCCCCCGAGCAUCAGGCGUCCGGAUUAUUCCGAGGAUGGAGUUCCCAGGUCCGAGCAAAACAGGGGAAGUCCUAAAAACAUCACCAUCCUAAAUGCGGAGGAGAUUGAGGGUAUGAGGAAAGUUUGCAGGCUGGCUAGGGAGGUUCUCGAUAUUUGUGCCGCGGCGGUCAGACCUGGUGUUACCACGGAUGAGUUGGAUGAGAUUGCUCAUAAGGCUUGCAUUGAGCGUGAUGUUCUACUUCCCUGUGCCUAAAAGUUUGGUCUCUGGUUAACUUUUUUUUCUUCUACGCAGUCGUACCCAUCCCCGUUGAACUAUGUAAACUUCCCCAAGUCUAUAUGCACUUCCAUCAACGAGGUUAUUUGCCACGGGAUCCCGGAUCAGAGAAAACUGGUAAACGGCGACAUCAUAAACCUUGAUAUAACCCUCUAUCACGGUGGCUUCCACGGCGAUUUGAACGAGACAUACUACGUUGGUGACAAGGCAAAGGCAAAUCCUGAUACCGUACGAGUGGUCGAGACGUCGAGAGAUUGUCUAGACGAGGCCAUUAAACUCGUUAAGCCCGGUAUGCUUUUCCGCGACCCCGGGAACGUCAUUGAGAAGCUUGCGAAGCAGAGGAAUUGCAGCGUUGUUAGGACGUAUAUUGGUCACGUGCGUUAGCCAAUAUUCCCACCAUAAUGGAUAGUCUACUGACUAUGGAUGAUCAGGGCAUCAACCAGCUCUUCCAUUGCAAUCCUAACGUGCCCCAUUAUGCAAAGAACAAGGCGGUAGGUGUAGCAAAGCCGGGAAUGUGCUUUACCAUCGAGCCGAUGAUCAACCUGGGCACGCAUAAGGAUACCACCUGGCCAGAUAAGUGGACCAGCACCACCACCGACGGCAAGAUGAGUGCCCAGUUCGAGCACACGCUCUUGGUGACUGAGGAUGGCGUGGAGGUCUUGACCGCCAGAUUUCCCGAUUCUCCAGGUGGCAAGACGCCCAUUCCCGGGAUUGGUAGGAACGUAGAGGGUGGCGAUAAAUAGGCAUGAGGGGCGAAGGGGGUUAGAAUGAUAUCUUGAAUGCUAUCUGGAGAUUUGUUUGUUUGUUUGUAUCGCAGUAAUAGAAGCAUUCAGCGUAGCUGGGCACACCUGGUCCCGCCAGGUUACAGGAUUCAUGGAUAAAGCCGUUCAGCGUGUGCAGAGGGCGCAAACCCCCCGCCGCGGCGAUGCAGAUAAGAAAAGUCUAUCCUUCUAUCAACCAACUCAUUCCACGCCCACCGAACAAACGGUCCCCCUAAUCGAUUUCCUCCCCACUACUGGUGCUCCUCCCG